UUUUGGUAUGAUGCCGAAAACCCAAACGAAAAUCUCAAUCUUUGUCCUCUAAACACUGUAUUUCACUAUCUUUGAUUAUCUAAUAUAUACAAACAAGUCGAGCUACCCAUGGCGUCGGCCACAGCGGUGGUGAUAGUGCGGCGGGCGCGCGGCGGCGCGGCGGAGAAUGCCGCCCGUAGUGCCUUGAUACGAGACGGGUUUAGUCAACUGACCGGCGCUGCUUUCUUGUCUUUCAUGUUUUCUGAGCUAUCCCUACAAGUGGUGGUGCUGAUCGGGGCAGUUCUGUUCAUAUUCCUGCACGCUCCACUGUGGGCACUGCUGUCUGUGCCUGUGGUUGUGGCUGCCGUGGUCUAUGUGUGCGUGGUGGUCACACAUCAGGCACUAGCUGACAGACAUACACAGAUGAUGCUAAAAGAAGAGGAGGGUCUAGUAGCGGAGCUGCGCGCGCCGCUCGGGGCGUCGCCGCGUGACGUCACCCUGCGCGUGGUCACCGAGCCACAGGAGCUGACGGGGGACGCCGCCGGGAUGUACCCGCAGUUGAUAGGCACGGCGUCCAUAUCGGAGUGGCUCGGCGCCGGCCCGCGCAGCGCCGCGCGCCUGCACGCGCUCGCCGUCAGCAAGCGUUGGUGUAACCUGGGCAUCGGCAGUGCAUUAGCGGCGGCGGCGGCGCGGCGCGCGCUCGUCACUGGCAAAUACACCGUGGAGGCUGCGGCGAGCGAGCUGCAGGCCUCCGCGCAACACAUGUUCUAUAAGAGGGGUUGGUCAUCCCGAGGGUCGUACCACCGUCGCCUGGUCGGCUCGGCAUUGACUCUCGUCAUAACUCAGUACGGGAAAGACCUGGACAUGGCGUGAGUACGACGCCAUCUUGUCGCGACGCUAGCGCCACUGGGCGGCGGUGGCGGGAAUCGGAACUAAAAUCAAGAUCUGAAUAGAGU